AUUGUUGUUAGUGUGAGUAAGAUAGAGAGUUUAAGGGUUAAUAAUAAUGUGAUGGAAGAGAUGAAUGUAAGGAACAUAGGGAGGAGGCGUGCAGCGGUGUUGUUGUAGCUCUGGUCAGGAUCCGCCCUUUUCGCCUUUUACUCAAAUCUCCUCUCUUUCUCUCUGUUUCUCUCUGUUUCUCUCUGUUUCUUUAACGGCUCAUCGCCGGCGCCGGAAUCCUGGAUUUGUCUCACGACCGGUCUCAUAUACAAGACAAAACAAAACAAUCUCUCCCCACCCUUGGUUUUUUCUUCUCCUCCUCCUUCAUUUGUCUACUUCCACUCUGUUCUUAUGGCUCAAGUUUUUUACUUUCCCCCCUGUCUCCCAUGUUUCCUGAUUUCCCUUCUUUUUCUUCUUCAUUCUGUUCAAUCUGAGCCCUCCGCCGACAAGGAAGCUCUUCUUGAUUUCUUCAAUAAAGUCCCUCAUGGCCCUCGUCUUCAAUGGAAUGCUUCCGCCUCUGCCUGUACUUGGGUUGGAGUUGUCUGUGAUGCUACUCAGUCCUUUGUUUUUGCUCUCCGGUUACCUGCUGUUGGGCUUCUUGGUCCGAUUCCGGCUGGAACUCUCGGUCGGUUGAAUCGUCUUCGAGUUCUUAGUCUCCGGUCGAAUGGGAUCUCUGGGGGUUUGCCGGCGGAUUUUUCUAAUUUGACGUUUCUUCGAAGUCUUUUUCUCCAAGACAACGAGCUUUCCGGCGAUUUUCCAGUGAGUGUGACUCAGUUGAUUCGGUUGACUCGUCUCGACCUCUCGUCGAACAAUUUCUCUGGUUCGAUUCCGUUUUCGGUGAAUAAUCUGACCCAGUUGACUGGGCUUUUCUUGGAGAAUAAUGGGUUUUCGGGUUCUCUGCCGAGUAUUCCGGCGAUUACUCUAACGCACUUCAAUGUAUCGAAUAAUAAGCUCAAUGGAUCCAUUCCCGAAACGCUAGCGAAAUUUUCUGCUUCAUCUUUUGCUGGGAAUUUAGCUCUCUGCGGUGGUCCAUUGCCGUCGUGCAACCCGUUUUUUCCAUCCCCUGCUCCAUCGCCGACGUCCGCCUUGAAACCCCCACAAUUUCCCGUCGAGAAGAAAUCGAGAAAGCUUUCAAUCGCCGCCAUUGUCGGAAUUGUCGUUGGCGCUGCUUUUGUCGCGUUUCUAUUGCUGUUUCUUCUCCUAUUUUGCCUUCGAAAGCGCGAGAGGAGGCAACCAGCGAAGCCACCGACUACAGUGGUUGCUGCUCGAUCUGUGCCGGCGGAGGCCGGGACAUCGUCUUCGAAAGACGACAUCACCGGCGGAUCAGUGGAGACAGAGAAAAACAAAUUAGUGUUCUUCGAGGGUGGGAUUUACAGCUUCGACUUGGAGGACUUGUUGAGAGCUUCGGCGGAGGUUUUAGGAAAAGGAAGUGUCGGAACGUCGUACAAGGCGGUGCUGGAAGAAGGGACCACCGUAGUGGUGAAGAGAUUGAAAGAUGUGGUGGUAACGAAGAAGGAAUUCGAGACGCAAAUGGAGGCUGUGGGAAACAUUAACCAUGAAAAUGUGGUUCCUCUCAGAGCUUUCUACUUCUCCAGAGAUGAGAAAUUGCUUGUUUCCGAUUACAUGGCCGCCGGCAGCCUUUCCUCCUCCCUUCACGGAAGCAGAGGAUCCGGCCGUACGCCGCUUGACUGGGACAACCGGAUGAAAAUCGCAUUAAGCGCGGCAAGAGGAUUGGCUCACCUCCACGUGUCAGGAAAACUCAUCCACGGCAACAUUAAAUCGUCGAACAUUCUCCUCCGUCCCAACCACGAUGCCGCCGUUUCAGACUUCGGCCUUAACCCUCUCUUUGGCACCUUAACGCCACCCAAUCGGAUUGCUGGUUACCGCGCGCCGGAGGUUGUCGAAACCCGUAAGGUCACGUUCAAGUCCGACGUGUACAGUUUUGGCGUUUUGCUGUUGGAACUUCUCACCGGGAAAUCGCCAAAUCAAUCGUCGUUGGGCGAAGAAGGGAUUGAUCUUCCGCGGUGGGUCCAAUCGGUGGUUCGAGAGGAAUGGACGGCGGAGGUUUUUGAUGUGGAAUUGAUGAGACACCACAAUAUCGAAGAAGAGAUGGUUCAGCUUUUACAAAUUGCCAUGUCCUGCGUCGCCGCCAUGCCGGACCAGCGCCCGUCGAUUCAAGAAGUGGUUCGUAUGAUUGAGGAUCUAAACCGCGUUGAGACCGACGAUGGCUUACGCCAGUCAUCCGAUGACCCAUCUAAAGGGUCGGAGGGCCACACCCCGCCGUUGGAGUCCAGAACCACCCCUCCCGGAGCCGGUGUACCACCGUAGAAAUUACCUUUACGUCCUCUUCUUAAAGCCGUAAAUCAGCAUGGUUCGUAAAUAAGCGGUUAAAGUGCGCGGGGCAAAACGGGUCGUCGGCGGAGGUGGCAAGGCAAUGCUCCGUUCUGGGUAGUUUUGGAAUUUCCUGUCAGUUAAUUUGAAUAUUUAUUGGGUGAUUGAAUUGACCAUAUAUGAUUAAUUCUCACAUUUUUCUAGUCUUUUACUAUUUAUUAUUUAUUUUUAAAAAAUGUAUUUCGUACCGUAUUGACAGAAAAUCAUAGAUUUUGUGAAAA